UCACGUCAAAAACGCUAUUCCACUUCACCAAUUGGUUAGAGUCGCUUUCACUUCGCUCGGUAAACUGCCAACGGGUCGGUGUCUUUCCUCAAGUCCGCGAAUUGAUCAAUUAAGUUCAGUGUAAAAUGGCUAAAUUCCUUUCUGUUGGUGUUUUUGCACUCCUUUUCGCAGUAGCGUUCGCUUCUAGCUGCACAAAACCCGAGGUUUCGGUAACUUCAUUCUCAACACGCGACGCAACAAUUGUGAGCCAAGUUGCCGUCAUCGCUGAAUUCACGUUAAAAUGCUCGAAUCCUGAAGGAAUCCACACCUCCUUGUACGCCGAAUACAACGGAGUCGUAACUCCGGUCGCACGAAUUGGAGAGGGACAAUAUCAAAUAAGCUGGAAUGAGGAACCAAAGAAAGCUCGCAGUGGCACCGUCACCGUGCGCCUUUUCGACCAAGAAGGAUUCGCCGCCAUCCGCAAAGCACAACGUGCUGGAGAUGAUCUCAGCUCGGUUAAGUCGCUCGUCAACUUCGAUGUUUCCCAACCUUCCGCCUACAAAGGACCCUGGGUCAACUCUGAAUUGGUGGCGGCUGGCGCUGCUGCCUUCGUUGCAUAUUUCGCCUUCAGCACACGAAGCAAGUUGUUGUCAUAAGAAGCAUGAGAGCUAUCAUAUAGCUGCUUAGGUUUUUAAUUUAUUUGAAAUUGUUCCAAGAAAGUCCUCAGAUUUUUUAUAAAAUACAAAAUAGAAGAUUGAAAUUCGA